AUGGUUACUUCUUGGCCAUUGGCACUAAUAUGUGCUUUGGCUAUAUCUUUCAUGGCCACUCAAGUAGUGGCUGACUAUGCGUCUCCGCCGCCGGCCUAUCUAUACAAGUCACCGCCACCACCAGCAUACGUCUACUCUUCACCGCCACCUCCUCCAUACAUGUACAAAUCCCCACCUCCACCACCUUAUGUCUACUCAUCCCCGCCACCACCACCCUACAUUUAUAAAUCACCGCCACCACCACCAUACGUAUACAAAUCACCUCCACCACCACCCUACAUUUAUAAGUCACCGCCACCACCACCAUACGUAUACAAGUCACCGCCACCACCACCAUACGUAUACAAGUCACCGCCACCACCACCAUAUGUAUACAAGUCUCCUCCACCACCACCUUAUGUCUACUCUUCGCCCCCGCCACCACCAUACAUAUAUAAGUCUCCACCACCACCUCCAUAUGUAUACAAAUCUCCACCCCCACCACCAUAUGUUUACUCUUCACCGCCGCCACCCCCAUAUGUAUACAAAUCUCCACCACCACCUCCAUAUGUAUACAAAUCUCCACCCCCACCACCAUAUGUUUACUCUUCACCGCCGCCACCCCCAUAUGUAUACAAAUCUCCACCACCACCUCCAUAUGUAUACAAAUCUCCACCCCCACCACCAUAUGUUUACUCUUCACCGCCGCCACCCCCAUAUAUAUACAAGUCUCCACCACCACCUCCAUAUUUAUACAAAUCUCCACCCCCACCACCAUAUGUUUACUCUUCACCGCCGCCACCCCCAUAUGUAUACAAAUCUCCACCACCACCUCCAUAUGUAUACAAAUCUCCACCCCCACCUCCAUAUGUUUACUCUUCACCGCCGCCACCCCCAUAUAUAUACAAGUCUCCACCACCACCUCCAUAUGUAUACAAAUCUCCACCUCCACCACCAUAUGUUUACUCUUCACCGCCGCCACCCCCAUAUGUAUACAAAUCUCCACCACCACCUCCAUAUGUAUACAAAUCUCCACCCCCACCACCAUAUGUUUACUCUUCACUGCCGCCACCCCCAUAUGUAUACAAGUCUCCACCACCACCUCCAUAUGUAUACAAAUCUCCACCCCCACCUCCAUAUGUUUACUCUUCACCGCCGCCACCCCCAUAUGUGUACAAGUCUCCACCUCCACCACCAUGUGUCUACUAUUCACCACCACCGCCACCGUAUGUAUACAAGUCACCACCCCCACCACCAUAUGGCUACUCAUCCCCACCACCACCAUCAUAUGUUUACUCUUCACCACCACCAUCCCCAUAUCUAUACAAGUCUCCACCCCCACCACCUUGUGUCUACUAUUCACCGCCACCACCACCGUAUGUAUACAAGUCUCCACCCCCACCACCAUAUGUCUACUCUUCACCACCACCAUCCCCAUAUAUAUACAAGUCUCCACCCCCACCUCCCUACGUCUACUCUUCACCGCCACCACCCCCAUAUGUAUAUAAGUCUCCACCCCCACCACCAUAUGUCUACUCUUCACCCCCACCAUCCCCAUAUGUAUACAAGUCUCCACCCCCACCUCCCUACGUCUACUCUUCACCGCCACCACCCUCAUAUGUAUUCAAGUCUCCACCCCCACCUUCAGUCUAUUAUAAGUGA